AUGUGCGUGUGUGGGGCUGUCGGCACCACAACCAACAGGGCAACAGCGACAUGUUCUGGCAAACAGGACACGGGGACACGCCCACAAACCCAGUUCUUUGUUUAGGAUGACAACACAGAGUUGCUGCCCCAUAUUGAGUGUCACGCUCCACAUGUUUGACUGAAGUUUUCCCUCAUCCUCACCGGCAGCCGUUGCCAUGGUUGUGUCAGCGCUCUCCGAACUACCUGGGAUGGUAUUUCCAUGGACACAGAUCAGGAUGACACUGGGCUGUGGGAGGGAGGCGUCAGCAGUUCUGUGUGUUGGAGACAGACUGGAGGAGACAGAGGAGGACGAGGAGGACGAGGAGGACGAGGAGGACGAGGAGGACGAGGAGGAUGAGGAGGAGGAGGAGGAUUAGUGUCUGCAAAGAUAUUAAACAGAGGAGCAGUAGUUUAAAAAAGAGGAAACGCAAGAGUGAGAGGUCACUGCUGAAGGGCCGUUGCUACUCGAUGCAGAUAACAUUUUUAACACCGUCGUUCAGAUCUGUGAACAACAACACAAGAGGAAUGGAUCCCGGUGACGUCUGAAGCUGUUGCAUUAACACAAGUUGGAAAUAUGAACAUUUGAAAGACAUGAUUAUACAGCUUUUCAUGCACUUACGGCUGAAUUCAUCAUUCUGUGUUUCCAUGAAAGGAAAUUGCAUUGUUUUAAGUAUUCAAGUACUUCUUCCGUCUAUGUUUGACCAGAGAUGCCCUUCCUCUACUUCAUCUACAAGUAUUCACAUUCUGCCUGCUAUUCCACCCAGAGGGGAUUCCUUCACUCAAUUCCGAUUUUCAGAAGAGAUGGACUGGGAGAUGGACUCGUCUUCAGCCAGUCAGAUGUCUGCGGUGUUUGUGGACCUCCCAGCGCUCGCCCAGAGCCUUCAACAAGUGCCUCUCCACCAGAGACUCAACCUUGAGGCGGAGCUGCUUCAGGUCUCGACCCCAGUAGAACUGCCCACUCUGACCCUCGCACUGAAACAGGCGAAGCCCAAAGCGGCCACGCUCACGCCUCCGUCUGCGGCUUUGAAAAUCGUCACCACCGACCAGAAAGUCCCCGUGGCUACAAACCCAGCGUCAAGCUCAGACUCACCGGGUUCCUCCAGUGCUGCAGAGCCUCCGGUGGAUGACGUUGAUGAUGAUGAUGAUGAUGGUGAUGAGGAGCUGGACCAGCUGCUCAGUUUACAGAAACCAGUCUGGGAUGUUUCAGGAAGCCAAUCUGUCAGUGUUGCAGAUGAGGAGAGUGCGCCUCCAAAGAAAACGUGUGAGCAAGUGGAGGAGAUGGAGCCUGCGGUGACGGAGGAGAAGAUGGAUGAAGUGAAAGACAAAGAUGUCCGUACACCACCAGAGUCGGCUUCUGCCAGACAGGAAGUGACAGAGGAAGACCUGGAGGACUGGCUGGACAGCAUGAUCGCCUGACCAGCAGUUGAUUAAAGACUCGACAUGUAUAUAAGGAGGAAUGUGUGUGUGGAAAUGUUCAUGUUGCAUUUCAUUUUUUUACAUUUUUUUUUAUAGAAUAAUUUGUUCCUUGUGAAAGUUACACUUUGCAGGAUUGUCGCGGUUCGAGGAAUCUCAGUUGCAAAAAGGGACGGAGAGAAAGUGAAAUGUUGCUUUAUUGCGUCAAUUGCUUUUAUUCAUAUCCUCCCCCUCAUCAAAAGAAAUGCAGUUUACCAAAGCUCCUACAUACAAACAAAGAGCCAUACAAUAGCAGUGAACCAUUUUGUCAAUAAAUCUUUGAACUGUG